GGUCUUUCUCUCUCUCCGUCCCCCCCCCCCUCUCUCUCUCUCUGGCUUUCUCUCUCACACAGUCACACACUAGGGCACAAUCAGAAUAUACAUACAGUCACACGCAUUUGUAUAUAAAAAGGCACAGACAAAAACACGCACUAAUACACAGAGUCGCUUUUGUACAAUGUUAGAUUAGAUAAAUCUGAAAAAUCUGCCCAAAAAUGAACGAAUUCUAGAGUGAGAAACAAAAAUAAAGGGGAAUGGUACGAGAAAACGACGGCGUAGAGAAGAAGAAGAGGAAGAGGAACAACGGCGGCGGAGAAGAAGGGGAGCAGGAGAAGAAGAUGUAUAGGGGAGGUGGAGGGUCGAAAGCAGUGCCGGCUGGAUUUGUGUUGGAGGGUGAUCGGAAGCGGAUUAAUGAAGCAUUAGAUAAACAUCUCGAACGAUCCUCGCCGUCUACGUCGGUGACCACCACUACCACUGCCACCGGCAGGGCUCUUAACGGGAAAGAUCAUCAUCGCUCGUCGUCCAUGUUUAAGACUAACAGUGACAAUCACCAUUUCAAGGACGCCAAAGCCUCUGACGCUGAGGAAUCAGAAACGGACAGUGAAGAGUCAGAUGUUAGUGGUUCAGAUGGAGAAGACACAUCUUGGAUAUCAUGGUUUUGCAAUCUUCGUGGCAAUGAGUUUUUCUGUGAAGUUGAUGAUGAUUACAUUCAAGAUGAUUUUAACCUUUGUGGUUUAAGCAGCCAAGUUCCCUAUUAUGACUAUGCUCUUGAUUUGAUUCUGGAUGUCGAGUCUUCUCAUGGAGAUAUGUUUACAGAGGAACAGAAUGAAUUAGUUGAAUCAGCAGCUGAGAUGCUUUAUGGCCUGAUACAUGUUCGCUACAUACUGACAACAAAAGGAUUGGCAGCUAUGCUGGAGAAAUACAAGAAUGCUGAAUUUGGGAGAUGCCCCAGAGUGUUUUGCUGUGGACAACCUUGCCUUCCAGUUGGUCCAUCUGAUGUUCCUCGUCAAAGCACAGUGAAAAUUUAUUGUCCCAAGUGUGAAGAUAUCUACACACCAAGAUCCAGGUUUCAGGAGAACAUCGAUGGAGCCUAUUUCGGAACAACAUUUCCUCAUUUGUUCCUGAUGACUUACGGAAAUCUGAAGCCACAAAAACCAGGUCAGGGCUAUGUACCUAGGGUUUUUGGUUUUAAGGUCCACAAGCCAUGAAGCUGGAGCAAAAUGCUGCUGGAAUUACUAGGGAUUUUCAAGCUGCCGUAUCGAGUUGGGAGUUUGUCGAUGCCCGGUAUUAGAGUUAAAUCGUGUCAUUUCAUAUAUGUGCGAACUGAUGCUUCAGAUACUUAAGCUUGAGUUCCAAGGUCCCCAGCAUCCCAAAAAUAGUUGAUCAUAUGUACGGGCUGUGAAGAAUAUAUCUGAAAAAGUGCUAUUGAAUCAGCAUGUUAAGCUACUUCAUAGCUUAGCACCUAGAUUUCAAGCUCUGCUGUAAACAAUUCAUUUUGAAUGAUUUCCCCUUUUUUGGCCUUUCU